GGCAGCGCGAGACAGCGCGAGCCUCACAGAAAGCGCGAGAUACGCUGGCGCGUGCAGCUCUGCUGCGGGCCCCUAAGAUCCAGCUGGAGCCCUGAGUCUCUCUCAGCCUGACAGCGAGUGCGGGUCCAGGUUAUUUAUGUGGUGGCCGUGUCCACUGGCUGCGGCUUCCUCCUUGCCCCCCACCCCCAUCCUGGGUGCGCUCCCCACGUGAGGCAGCAGCUGCUGCUUGGACCCGCACGUGGGUGUUUUGUUUGGGAGCUUUUGCCUCCGCGCCGCGGGUGCCACCUCACUGGACGCUGCCCAAGCGUUCCGGGUCCUGCAGGGCUACUCUGAUGUGAUGCUGGGAUUGAAUUUAUCUAUGACUCCAUAUCAAGGUUGAACUGAAAGGCUUGUGGAAGAUCUGGAAAAAAUAGGUAUUGAGUCAUGAUGCAGGAAUCUGCGACAGAGACAAUAAGCAACAGUUCAAUGAAUCAAAAUGGAAUGAGCACCCUAAGCAGCCAAUUAGAGGCUGGCAGCAGAGAUGGAAGAUCAAGUGGUGACACCAGUUCUGAAGUAAGCACAGUAGAACUGCUGCAUCUGCAACAACAGCAGGCUCUCCAAGCAGCAAGACAACUUCUCUUACAACAGCAAACAAGUGGAUUGAAAUCUCCUAAGAGCAGUGAUAAGCAGAGGCCACUCCAGGUCCCUGUGUCAGUGGCCAUGAUGACUCCCCAGGUGAUUACCCCUCAGCAAAUGCAGCAGAUCCUUCAGCAGCAAGUCCUGUCUCCUCAGCAGCUCCAAGCCCUUCUCCAGCAGCAGCAAGCAGUAAUGCUUCAGCAGCAACAACUACAAGAGUUUUACAAGAAACAGCAAGAGCAGUUACAUCUUCAGCUUUUGCAGCAGCAGCAACAGCAGCAACAGCAACAGCAGCAGCAACAGCAGCAGCAACAGCAGCAGCAACAGCAGCAGCAGCAACAUCCUGGAAAGCCAGUGAAAGAGCAGCAGCAACAGCAGCAGCAGCAGCAGCAACAGCAGCAACAGCAGCAACAGCAACAGUUGGCAGCACAGCAGCUUGUCUUCCAGCAGCAGCUUCUCCAGAUGCAGCAACUCCAGCAGCAGCAACAUUUGCUAAGCCUUCAGCGUCAGGGACUCAUCUCCAUUCCACCUGGCCAGGCAGCACUUCCUGUACAGUCGUUGCCUCAAGCUGGCUUAAGUCCUGCUGAAAUUCAGCAGUUAUGGAAAGAAGUGACUGGAGUUCACAGUAUGGAAGACAAUGGCAUGAAACAUGGAGGGCUAGACCUCACUACUAACAAUUCCUCCUUGACUACCUCCUCCACCACUUCCAAAGCAUCGCCACCAAUAACCCAUCAUUCCAUAGUAAAUGGACAGACUUCAGUUCUAAAUGCAAGGCGAGACAGCUCGUCACAUGAGGAAACUGGAGCCUCUCACACUCUCUAUGGCCAUGGAGUUUGCAAAUGGCCAGGCUGUGAAAGCAUUUGUGAAGAUUUUGGACAGUUUUUAAAGCACCUUAACAAUGAGCAUGCAUUGGAUGACCGAAGCACUGCCCAGUGUCGAGUGCAAAUGCAGGUGGUGCAACAGUUAGAAAUACAGCUUUCUAAAGAACGAGAACGUCUUCAAGCAAUGAUGACCCACUUACACAUGCGACCCUCAGAGCCCAAACCAUCUCCCAAACCUCUAAAUCUGGUGUCUAGUGUCACCAUGUCGAAGAACAUGUUGGAGACAUCCCCACAGAGCUUACCUCAAACCCCUACCACACCAACGGCCCCAGUCACCCCGAUUACCCAGGGACCCUCAGUAAUCACCCCAGCCAGUGUGCCCAAUGUGGGAGCCAUACGAAGGCGACAUUCAGACAAAUACAACAUUCCCAUGUCAUCAGAGAUUGCCCCUAAUUAUGAAUUUUAUAAAAAUGCAGAUGUCAGACCUCCAUUUACUUAUGCAACUCUCAUAAGGCAGGCUAUCAUGGAGUCAUCUGACAGGCAGUUAACACUUAAUGAAAUUUACAGCUGGUUUACACGGACAUUUGCUUACUUCAGGCGUAAUGCAGCAACUUGGAAGAAUGCAGUACGUCAUAAUCUUAGCCUGCACAAGUGUUUUGUUCGAGUAGAAAAUGUUAAAGGAGCAGUAUGGACUGUGGAUGAAGUAGAAUACCAGAAGCGAAGGUCACAAAAGAUAACAGGAAGUCCAACAUUAGUAAAAAAUAUACCUACCAGUUUAGGCUAUGGAGCAGCUCUUAAUGCCAGUUUGCAGGCUGCCUUAGCAGAGAGCAGUUUACCUUUGCUCAGUAACCCUGGACUGAUCAAUAAUGCAUCCAGUGGCCUACUACAGGCUGUCCACGAAGAUCUCAAUGGCUCCUUGGAUCACAUUGACAGCAAUGGGAACAGCAGUCCAGGUUGCUCACCUCAGCCACAUAUACAUUCAAUUCAUGUCAAGGAAGAGCCAGUGAUUGCAGAAGAUGAAGACUGCCCAAUGUCCUUAGUGACAACAGCUAAUCACAGUCCAGAGUUAGACGAUGACAGAGAGAUUGAAGAAGAGCCUUUAUCUGAAGAUCUGGAAUGAGAACUGACUUGUGAAACCUCAGUGUGAAGGGACAUAUCACUGACCUUCAUAUAACCACUCCACAACCAUGAAUAUUUGACAAAUUUUUACUGUGACUAUUUAUUAAGCAUGGAUAAAGGAGACAGCCCUGAAGGAACCUAUUAAGCCAGCCCUUUGGGAUUCAGUACCAACAGGCAAAUUGCUUGUGUUCUUUUCUUUCUGUCUCUCUCUCCCUCUUUUUUAGAAGAAAAAGGCAAACUGAUUUUCUUUAAAAAUAAAGAACUGUUCAUUUUAUAAUGGCUUUGCCCAUUUAAAAAAGUGGCUCUUAAGGGUUUGUGAAAUGACUGAAUAUGAGGAUACAUGUCCUGUAGAAAACAAACAUGCCUCAUAUACUGCCAAAAAUAGUGUUAGUUUCAUUAAUGUGAAUUUUCCAGCAUUCGGUAGUUGUAAUGUUAGAAACAAUUGCUGGUCAAGUUCAACUUGUUGCUAUUGUUUUUAAUUUGCACAGGAGUAGUAUCAGAAAUUAGUGUCACUGCUUGUAUCUAGCUGAAUUUUAAACAACAGAACAUUAGUUUUUCAUGUUGGUGCCACCAACUGUAAAUGACAUUAAGUUAGUAAUUACAAAACGCAGUAAUUAGACUGUUGCAACCAUCUAAAACCUUAGGCUUUCAGUCUGUGCUGUUAGUGUUAAGAUGUAAAGUGCAAUCCUAAGCUAACAUUAUCUGUGCAAGCACCAUAGAAACAUUUGCAUAUCUGCAUAGAUCUUACAACUGUACUCUUUACCUCCUUGUGAUAAAGCUUUGUCUACCUGCAAACACAGUCAAAGGCUACAGCUGCAAACCAAAGCCAACUCUAACCAUGGCCAAGAGCUCAAGGACAGAAGCAGCCACAUGCUUUGGUCAGCCUUCUGUAACUUCAAUUAGUACAAAGGAACCUUUUCCAUGAACUACCUGCUGUUUUCUGAUGACCUCUGGGAUCUCUUCUUUUAGCCCUAAACAAAGAAUUAAAUAUGACAAAAACCACAACUAAAAAAAUUAAUUCAGUCACAGAGUAAUCUUCUGAGACCAAAAGUCCAACUAAAUGCAAUGAAGAUUUGCUUUCAUUAAAGAGAGAGGUGAGGACAAAAUCUGCAGUGGAAGUUAUGAUAAUGCUAGAAAGCAACAAAUGUGGAUCACUGACCAAAAUGAUUAUGUACUUGAUGCAAAUGCAGAUUGCAUAUUGUUAUAUAUAUAGUACACUGUGUUUUUGUUUUCUCCAAUUCACUUAAUUUCAGUGGUGAAUACAUGUUGUUAGAAGAUGUCUUGUAUGGUCUGAAUCUUUGUUUUGUGCUAUUUUUUAUAGUCUUAAGUUAUAAUGAAAAAACAAAAAGUAGGAACCAAACAUAAAAGGUCUAGUAAAGCCAAAAAUUAAUUUCAUAUUGAUUUCAAAGUGAUCUAGCUGAGUUUUUACACUGAAAGCAAAGAUUAUAGCAAUUGUAGUCCAUGGUAUUUAUUUUCAAUCAAACCAAAGUUACAUAUAAUUCUGCCUCUGCUUAUACGGGAUAUUAACACUAACAAUACACUCCCUUUUAAAGACUUGCACAGGCCAAAUUGUUGGAAUGCUGGUUUUCUUGACAACUCCAAACCCCAAAACUAUAGUGAUAUGUAAUAGAGUAUUUGAAAAUAGCAUAGUCAGAUGUUUGCUUAAAACCUAGAAACUUUACAUGUUGCUCUUCUUGUGCUGUGCCAAGUCUUGAUAAUACUUUUCCCCCAACCAAGGGACCUCAUAACCUGAUUAUGGUUAUUGCUUUACAAACAGUUUUGACAGAAGGUGGCUGCUAGAGCUUAACAUAUGUACCAGUUCCAUGUGAUGGAGCUGGUUCUUGCAAACUAAGCUCAUCAUUUAUUCUUUGCUGAAGUCAGCAAAUAAAGUUAGAGAGAUACCCAGUCAUCUAUCACACCAAAUAAAAGAUCAUAAUGGCUUUCAAAAGGGUUUUCCCACUUACCCAAAAGGCUUUCUGAAAGCUUCUACCUCUGCAAAAAAAAAAAAAAGAAAAAAAAGAAAAAAAGAAAAAA